CAGAAUAUUUCUGCAGUGCAAUACUGAAGUACUGUAACAGUCGGCUGCCUGCCUGAGCGAUCCCCUGUCUGCCCGCCUGCUGAACAGAUCAGAGACCCGUCUGACCUCAAAGCAUCAUGCUCACCAGGAACAUAUUUCUUCUAUUCUCUUUGUUUGUUCUGUUGGUGAAGGGGGACCACGACGCCAAUGAUGCAGGAAUACAAGCCAUAUCGACAGAUAAAGACUCAACUUCUGAUGAAUCUCCAACAGAGAGCAUGAACGUUGUGUCUGCGGAUCAGCCUGAUGAAUCGCAUGUUUAUGGAGAAGGACCUUCAGAUCCCAGCAGUUCCCAUUCAGAGACAGCAGACCCCCCGUCAGCUGAUCAGGUGACAGCACCUGAGCCGGCUGUGGCCUCUGCCAGCAGCGUGGAGGAGGAGGACGAGGACGAGAGCAACGACUCAGGAGAAGCAGGAAGGAAGAAGCCCAGCUCGCGCUCAGCCAAACCUCAGGGCCCCGCCCACCUCCAGAACAGCCCCGCCCAUAUAAUUCAAAUCCCCGCACUCCCAUCGCAGCCAAUCAUCAUCCCACAGCCCAAAACUUUGGUGAGGAGCAGAACAUCCAAGAGAAGAUCCAGGACCAACCGCCGGCAGAUAUAGCUCAAGCAUCAGUGCUCACAGAGACACAAACACACACACAUAUGGAGACACACACCUGAUGUACUGUAUGAACACAUCAUUGACCCUGCACGACCCUGGGUCGUGUGAUUGGUGGCGCGGAUGUCUGGCCACUGAGCUUUGAUGUUUGAAUUCCCUCAUGUUCAGUAUGACUGAUUUAAACAACAUUAGACGGGAAAUAAUUUCAGAAAAACGACGGCGAGUCGCGUUGAUUUGUCAAAACUACUGCAAACGAUUAAUUUUGUGCCAUUUUAUUAUCAGAUUAAGUAUUUUAAUCCAAGAGGGUUUUGGUUUUUGUGACUCCAGCAGACCUCAGAGUAUUAAACCUGUUCAGUUAAUCACUUUUUGUAACUUUUAUUUCUAUAUAAAUACUUUAAACGGCACAAUAUUUUUCUCUGUUUGGAAUUUGCAUCUUAUUGUAAAUGAAGUAAACCUAACCCACUCCAAUGAAAA